AUGCCUGGUCCCGGGCCCCAGCAGAAUGGCAUACCGAUGGUCAAUGGCCUGCCGAGCGGUGGUCAACAAACGGAUAUGAAUCACCUAUGGAGCGUGGUUCAACAGCUGAGCCAGAUGCUCGAGGAGAACAGGGCACAGACGGCGGGGAUCGUGAAUGGUGUGCAGGCCAUACAGGCAAGAGCUGCGGAAGAAGGUGGUGUUGGCGGAUUAGCGAUACGUGAGGUGAAUGGAGAGAUAAACGCAGCGACCCGCACUGCCGAAGUCACACAACUGCAGAACCAAUUGCACACCGCCCAAUCUCGAAUGACAAUUUUGACAUCCCAGAACUCGACGCUCGCAACCCUGUUAACCGACUACGAAAACGCCCUUACUCUCCUGCUCGAUAAGCUCCGGCCAUACGCCUACAACCAGACACAAGCUAUACUUUCUCUGCACAAACACUACCAAGGUCUUCUCGAACAAGAGCGUGCUACGAGCAUGCAAUUGCGGUUGGAGCAUUCGGAAUGGCAAGCGGGGCUAGGCCGAGUCGCAGAGUAUGCGAGGGGCUCACUGAGAGCACAAGGAGAGAGUGAGAGAGGGCUACGAAGUGAGAUAAAGGGACUGAAGGAAGAGAAUCGGGUACUCCGGAGGUUGGCUGGGUGGGAAGAGAAGCCCGACGACAGUAGUGACGAGGAAGAGUGGAAAGGCCGUGAGGUUUGA